AUGGGUAACGUUUUGAGCAGCAGUGAUUCAACAUUACCAAGACAGCCGACGCCGCAUUACCGAUCAGGGUUUGGAGACCAACUAGACUGUGGCAGACACUGUUACUUUGAAGAUGAGAUUUGCCACAAACAGACGGAAAAAAUAUCAACACCCACCAAAUGUGGCCCGCAGCCGGACAAUCCGGAAAACUCUCGCAUGCUGUUUUUACUCUACCUCAUCCACCGCACGUGGAACGUUGUUGUGGACAGUGUUGAUCAGAGGGGGAAAAAAGCUCGGCUGGCACCUUCCUGUAAAGAUUCUGGCGCGCAGAUAGAUCUGUAUGAUUACGAUUUCGAUGAUGAACUCAGCGAUCUGAGCGAUUUCGACGAUUACGAUUUCGGUUCGAAUUACUCGUUUUGCAGCUGUAGCUACUGCGGAGAGGAAGAGAAGCGGAAACACUUAAACGAGCGACGGAACCGGAAUCGGUUAUCUUUCUGUGAAAGUGACGUAUCUUAUUGCCUGUACCAGAUGGCACCGAGUGCCGGGAACAACAACAACCCGCCAGGUGGCACCCAAAUAGGACUGACGGAGACGAACGAUGCGUCCAUGGGAUGGAACGUGAACGUUAAGCAGGAAAAUCAACGACCACCGGUCUUCAAUCCCGAGGACUACGUGGUAUCGCUCAAGAAGUACGGUCGCCGUAGCUCGAACGGAGCCUUCAAGUCCAUCUACGACACGGCCACCCCCGAGGAGUCGCCCAAAAAUGACAAAUCGAGUGACAGCUUCCGUUCCCAGACACUGCCCCACAAGAACUCGGACUAUCGCUCGCCAAUCACCGCACCGGCGGCAAUGGAUUGCGAGAUGUCUUUGCGUCAGUUCGGCUCGGUGACCGAUUUGCUAACGAAGCUGCGGGCCGAUCUUCGGGCAUCGUUUCCCAGCUUCGUGCAAGAGUUCGUGUCCAGCCCGUUGGAUGGCGUGAGCCUGCUGUUGGAAGUGCUGCGAGCGGUUCAGCUCAGCCAGAGUGCCCCGCUGAACGGUACCACGACGAUGCCACCGGGUGGCAUUCCACGGAACAAUCAAUCGUAUCAACGGCGCGCUCUGCUGGACGAGUUGGCUUGCUUACAAUGUUUAAGUAUCUGCUGCACGAGAAGUCCGGAGGCGGGCGCCCGGUUGGGCACGACCGCCAUCGGGCUGCUGCCGUUGGCUGCGGCGGCCACCGGCACCGGGAUACGGUCGCGCAUCGUGGCCCUGCAACUGCUCACCAUCGCCUGCGACAAGUCGGCCCUCGGGGACGGAACGCACCGGAGCCAGCUGCACGGUCAUACGGCCGUUUCGGAGGCACUCUCGACACUGCGGCUUCGCUGUGCCGAACCGGUCCGAUUCCGGCUGCUGGUCGGAAUGCUCAACAGUGGCGGAGGCUCCGGCGAGCUGCAGGCGAUCGGGAUGCGGUUCGUGAACACGUUUCUCGAGAGCGCCGAAAACGUCCAAACGCGCCUGUACCUGCAGGCGGAGCUGUUCCAGGCCGGGCUGGACCCGUCGCAGAUGUGCAAAACCAUCUCCUCCACGUCGCCGUGGCUCGAGCGACUCCGCUCGGAGGUGAAACGCUGGGAUGCCAUACGGAUCGACAUCGAGCAGCUGCAGCUUCAGGCACGCUCGGCCGAGCAGGUCCGCAGCCGCCUGGUGAUCCUGGAGCGGCGGGUCCAGAUACUGCACGAGGAGAAAACGGUCCUCACCACGAUGGAACGGCGCCUGCAGGAGCGCUGUGCCGAGCUGCAGCGUGAGGUGCUGCGCCUGAAGGGCACCAAAGGCGGCACCAACGCGGCCAACGCCAGCGCCAACGAUAGCUCCAACAGCUCGAGCCUGGAAAAGCGCCCCGUGGCCCUGCCGCGCCAAGUGCCACCGCAGCCCAAGCGAAACAACACUUCGGAGAACGACGACGAGGGCAUCAGCAGCUCGGAGACGGGCCAAUCGUCGUCGCCGGAGCCACCGCGCCUCUACCCGGCCAAAGAUGGUGCCUCCAGUGCGGGGUCGCACAAGUUCAGCAUCUCGCUGACGCAGGAAAGCACCGUGCCGAUGCACGAAGUGGCCGGCGGGGCCGAGGACGAUGCGAACGCCACGAUCGAAGACGUCAUCGAGGAGCUGCAGAACAUCGUGAACGACGCGGAGCGGGAGAUUUCCGACCAGAACGAGGUGCUGUUCAACCAGGUGGCGGACCACCCGGACGGGUUGUACGAGCAAACGCUGUACAGUCUGGAGAUCAACAGCGAGAACGAGAUCAUCCCGGUCAAUCUGCUGCCUCAUCCACCGCGCAAGUCGCGCUCGUUGGCCCACCUCAUCUCCAAUCCGUCCGACGGCGAGGGCUCCGCGUACGAUGGCCUGCUGACGGCCAACGGCGAAACUAAGGUGGACUUCUUCGACGACGACGAGGAGGCAGACACCACGGUACCGCAGCAUCGGCCACCGUUUGGCGACGAGGUCCCACUGCCUAACGGGUACUUCAGUGCUGUGCCGGCUGUCGGUACGGUAGCGGAACCGCAAGAUCCUCGCGGUCCGGCACUAGGGCUGCCGGGCCCGGACGUUAUCCACGCGGCGUCCGGUGAGGGGCCGGCAAUCGGUCCAGUGCCGGUGCUUCAUCAGCCCCGCGAUCGGCACCACGGCUCGAAGAACUCGAACCGUGCCAUCCUGAACGUAAUCAUGGAUGCGCGCGAUAAGGAGUCACGGAUGCUGCGGGCCCAAUCGCUGGAGCGCGAGCAGGCGGCUCCGCAGCAGUUCAACGGUGUCUUCUUCAUGACCGACAUGAACAGCUCGGGCAAGUACCCGAAGCCCGACAUAACGGCCGCGCUCGAGGCGAAGAAAGUUACCAAGAACCUCGACCGCAUCGGGGCGUACGGCGUCGACUCCAUGGUGGACAUUGUGAUGACGAACGAGCAGCGACUGAACAGGGCCAACGCGUACGCCAAGUCACGGAUGGCCGCGGCCACGGGGCCGCCCAAUCCCGCCAUCGGAGCCGUCCCGAGCAAACUGUCCGGGAACCACAACUUCAAACUGCGCCCCAACACGGGCGUGAUCCAGGUACCUUGCUACACCCUCGGCGGCGGGGGACCGCUGCGUGAAACGAGUGCCCGCAGUCAGACCAAUACCGGCGGCUCGAAGGUGACGGAUCUCCCGUCCGGCUUGUACUGA